CGGUCACGUGACGCGCUACAAAAGUCACGCGAGACUCCGGGCUCGUUAAGAAUCCCAGAGCGAUGGCGGCGACGCCUGCAGACGAGGCGAGCCUGCAGUCUCGCAUCAACAAAGCCACCAGUCCUCUGAAUAAAGAGACAGACUGGGACAGCAUCAAUGGAUUUUGUGAUCAUAUGAGCAAUGAGCCAGAUGGGCCUCAGCUUGGAACCAGACUUCUGGCCCACAAGAUCCAGUCUCCCCAGGAGUGGGAGGCGAUGCAAGCGCUGAUGGUCCUUGAGACAUGCAUGAAGAACGGUGGGAAGAAAUUUCAUGGUGAAGUGGGAAAGUUUCGCUUUCUAAAUGAGCUUAUCAAGGUGGUCUCCCCUAAGUAUUUAGGAGGCCGCGCUCCAGAGGCAGUGAAGACGAAAGUCUUGGAAAUGAUGUACCGCUGGACUGUGAGGUUUCCAGAUGAAGCCAAGGUCGCAGAAGCUUAUCACAUGCUGAAAAAACAGGGCAUUGUCAAGCAAGAUCCUGUGCUUACUGAUGGAGAGCCCCUCCAACCCCCCCCAGCCCGAGCCAAGAAUGACAUCUUUGAGGACGAGGAGAGAUCCAAGACGCUGUCUCGCUUACUGAACAGCAGUCACCCAGAUGAUUUAAGAGCAGCAAACAAACUCAUUAAGGAUAUGGUUCAAGAGGAUCAGAAGCGAGUGGAGAAGGUAUCCAAACGAGUGAAUGCCAUCCAGGAGGUGAAGGAGAGCGUCAGCCUGCUGAAUCAGCUGCUGGAGGCGUACGACAAGGAGAGCUGUUCCCAGAACAACCAGGAGCUUAUUAAGGACCUUUACCAGCGCUGUGAGAAAAUGAGGCCUACACUUUUCAGAUUAGCCAGUGAUACAGAGGACAGUGAUGAAGCAUUAGCGGAUAUCCUGCAGGCCAACGACAGUUUGACCCAGGUCAUAAAUCUGUACAGACAGCUGGUAAAGGGUGAGGACGUUACCAAGGAUGGCAUAUCGGUGUCCUCACAGCCAGACUUGAAGUCAGACAGCAGUAGUUCAGCACUUGUAGACCUGGCAGGACUCAACAUUUCUAUUAAGACACAAAACUCCAAACCAGAGUCAUUUGAUCUACAGAUGUUGUCUCAGAACGUUGGCUUUAGCCUCUUGGAUGACGAACUCAUGUCUCUGGGAUUGAAUGUAACGGACAACUGUGACUCUGACAAACCGUCUCAGUCUUUGGAUAUCACAGAAGCAUCUGCGUCAUGUGUGCCGGCUGCAGUGUUGCUCCCAGCUGUGGUCCAAACCCCACAGGUCCCCCCAGGGGCGGGUCCCGCCGCCCCUCCUAAAGCCAUGGAGGAGCUAGAACUGUUGGGGAAAACACUGUUACAGCAAUCUCUACCUCCAGAGAGCCAGCAAGUUAAAUGGGAUAAGUUCCAGCCUCAGUCUCGAGUUUCUUUACGAGACCUCCAGGUCAAGUCCGGUUGUAAGCCUGUUUCAUCAUCCAACUCCUCGUGCUCUGCUCCUGCUGCAACGUCCAACACGCUCAUUCAUUCAGAGCAACUUGAUGCCGUCCACUCCAAUCCAAGUCUUGCUGAGAAGGGCUUGUCGUCGGCAGCUGACCACUACGACAACAUCUCUCUAGCUGACGUUAUGGUGCCUCUGGAGUCGAUAAAACCCAGUAGUUUGUUACCAGUGACUGUAUUUGACAAACACAGUCUUCGGGUGUUGUUCACCUUCGCCCGGGACUGUCCUCCUUCAAGACCUGAUGUUCUGGUGGUGAUCAUCUCCAUGCUGUCCUCGGCCCCCAUUCCUGUCACCAACAUCCGUUUCCAGGCAGCUGUCCCCAAAGUUAUGAAGGUAAAGCUGCAGCCUCCCUCCAGUACCGAGCUCCCAGCCUUCAAUCCCCUCCUGCCUCCAGCUGCUGUCACACAGAUUCUGCUCUUGGCUAACCCUCACAAGGAAAAAGUGCGCUUGCGGUACAAACUAACUUUCAACCUGGAGGACACGUUUCAUGAUGAGUCCGGUGAUGUCGACCACUUCCCUCCUCCAAACACUUGGGGGACCCUUUAGUGAGAAGAACCGGUCUCUCGUCAUCCGAUAUGCUGCUUUCUUUAUAUUUAGGCUGAAGUUGUCCUUCAGCCCCGGCUGAGGCAAGAUUUCCACUCAAGUGGUUUCAGACUCUGGUUUGGAAGUACAGACGUGAGAGCAGUUGUGGAAACCAGUUUACCUUGUGCCUUCUUAUCCUCACAUGUCUAUGUUGCUGAGCUGUUGCUGAUUUUUCUUUUCUUCCUGCAAUCAUUCCAGUGUAUUGAUAUGAAACCAGUUAUCAGAAAUGAUCAAUACAGCAACUCCUGUGAUAUUAAAUUGAGCCUUUUAAAAGUUGCCAAUUGAUCCAAUUUACACAUUGCUGAUCAAGUCCAAUCUCAUGCAUUUUUUUUUUUUCUCUACCAAUUAUCCUUGGUUUUUCCCUCAGAUUUAAAAUAUCUCACCUUCUACAUUUAAAACCAGCACAAAGGUUUUCUCUUUGAGCCAAAUCAGUUUAAAGUAUUAGGAAUUAAAUUGAAAAUGCUGUUACCAAAUCUUUCAAUCUUUUGUUUAUUCAAACAAUGAACAUGUACAUACUUUUUGUCUUUGUCUUGUCGGGGUAUUAUAUACGUGAACUGUAGUGGGGUGGUGUGCUCAUCUCUCAGCUCUGAUGACGUGUUUUUUGCAGCACAUACAUUGGCUCCUGCCUGUUGCCAGCUGGGACAGGCUCCGGCAGACUUGUGUGACCUUGAAUAGGAUCCAAGCGUUUAGAAAAUGACGGUGGGACAGAUGAUAGGAUCAUCAUAGCUGGAAAAGCACAGGUGUGACUGAUGCUGAAUACCAGGACUGUGAACUGUAAGGUCCUGUUUUGUGUAAUUUUAUUUUCAUCCAAAAAGGACUUAAUCCCCAUCCCCUAAAAUUUAAUUGUUAUUUACGUCUGCACUUUUUGUAUGCUUACCAAUUUUAAACAUCAUCGCACUUUUGUUUUGCACAAGAAAGCAUUUUAUUUUACAUUAAAUUUUCAUCACUUCUCUUUUUUUCCGACUGUUGAUGAACCCACAAAAUGAAGUCCUGAGUUUAUGGCAAAAUGUCUUUUUCCUCUUAUGUUCUGAGAUGAUUUUGUUCCUCUUCCCUCUUGUUUUGUACACGUAUGUAUACAAAUUACUGUUUUAACAUAACAUGUCAACGACUCAUUCCAAUAUCGACAGAUGUUAAUUUGAGCAAAGAUAUAUGAUCACCUCUCAGAUUCACAAAGAUGAAUGUGAGACUAGUGGAAUAAACACAACUGAGAUGAAUCACCCAAAUCUGCUUUCAGUAGUCUUAAAUAUCAAUGUGAUUCCAGACUUUGUUCCACAUUAACUAGUAUUGACAGAAAAUUCAUAGCGCUAUAUUUUUGUUGAACCUAAAUGUAUAAUUUUACAGUGUAUUAAAUUAGUAAAAUCCAGAUUUUGAAUACACCGAGAGACAGUUGUAUGUUUACAAUAAGAAUUGUAUAAAUAUGUAAUUUACUGUACAUUUCAUUCCUAGGGAGGUGAAGUUAUUUGCACCCCCUACUGUUAAUAAAAUCAUUACAUCAUUACACAUAACCACAAAUGAAAGCACUCAAAAUACAUUCUCCUGGCCCCAAACCAAGACCACACUGCAAAUAUAUCUGAAUAAAAUAAUUUAUAAAGC